CAUUCUCUCCCAAUAUGUCUCUCUCCCUGUAUACCUCCUAUUUCUCAACCUCAAAAACAAACUAAGCCGCCUGAAAAUGACAAAGGCGGUGGUGGUAAUUUAUAUCCUAGUAGCCACCGCCACAUUGUUCAUGAUCGCCAUCCUAUCUCCGCCGGUGAACUUUAAUAAAGAGGGAGAUAAAGACCGCCUUAACCGCCGGUUCGGAUACAAAAUCAUACUCGAACGCGCGCCAAAAUUUGACCCUCUUUUGACAAACAUUGAUAGAAAGGAAGCACAAAAUAUUAAUAUCAAUAAUGCUGUUGUUCCUAGGCGUUUGGACAGCACCACCUCAGCGAGUGAGGUUGCGGAGACUUACCAAUAUCUAAUCUCUGGCGGCACGUUAAACACGACAUUGAGGUUGAUCAUUUUGUUCCCAUUGUUGGAUAGAGAUCCCAAAGAUGGUGUGGUUGUUUUCAAUGAGUUAGAGGCUUGGAUUACCCAAAGAGCUGUGGAGAGAUUGGAUUUAUUAACCCAGGCUGAGUUUGAUUCCAAGGACAAGAAUGGGGAUUCUGCUAUCUCUUUUCAAGAGUAUCUGCCUCAGUUUUCUCAACAUGAUAUAGAGAGAAAAGAAAUGGGGCAUGGUGAAGCAGGAUGGUGGAUGCAAAAAUUUGAAAUUGCGGACAUUGAUUUCAAUGGACUGCUUAACUUCACCGAGCUUAGAGAUUUUUUGCACCCAGAAGACAGCAAAAAUCAACAAAUGCUGAAAUGGAUGAUCACUGAUAGAGUUAAGCUUAUGCACCCUGAAAAUGAUGGGAAAUUGAAUUUCGAUGAAUUUAAAGACCAUGUUUAUAACACCUAUUCAAGUUAUAUGGACUUUGAAACUAGCGGAGGGAACAUACCUGAUCCAGAGGAUAAAUUUGCUCAGCUAGAUGUGAACAAGGACCAAUUCUUGACACCAGAAGAAUUGAUACCUAUAGUUCCUUACCUCUACCCCGGAGAGCUGGCUUAUGCUAAAUAUUUCACAUACUAUUUAAUUAGUGAGGCUGAUGAGAAUGGAGAUAAAAAGUUGUCACUCGAGGAAAUGUUGAAUCAUGAAUUUAUUUUCUACAACACAGUUCAUGCGGAUGAUGAUCCGGAAGGCGAAGAAGAUCAUGACGAACUUUGACAUAUGAAGAGGCCAUAAAUGAAGUAGCUAGUGACAUGGUGCUUCCUGAUAUCGGUUUUGUAAUAUAUAUAGCAAUCCUCUUUGUAAAAUAUAUGUAACACAAAAAAUUCCAAUGCAAAUAAUUUCAUUAUUUUUA